CCGUGGUCGUCGCGCCGUUCCCAUCCGUUCACCGCGCGCCAGAACAGCAGUGCGCCUCGUCGUGCCAUCGCGUACGGUGUCCAGCGUGUGCGCCCGUUUCUGUGUGUGUAUGUGUGUGUGUGUAUAUAUAAUAUCGUGUGUGUAAGUGCGCGGGCGCGUGUGUACGCACCAACUUUCUUGUAACGAAAAUAAAAUUUAAUAUUUUCCGUCAAACGCCCCGGGAUCGUAUAUUAUCGUAUUUGCAUCGCGGGUUUUCUUCAAACUCGCCCGUCUGAUCGUAGGAUUUCGUCUAUAUAUACGUAACUAUAUAACAGAUACGUGGAUACGAGAUUUGGAUUAGACGAUAAAGCAUUAGUACUAUAUAAGGUCAUACGCGGGGAUCCAACGAGUUGAAGGUCGCCACGCUCGUCGUACCACCGACACACGGAUGAGAUGUAAUGUGAUCGGCGGUCCAGUGACAACGGGCGCGCGGCGCUGACACCGCAGGUUGCUUGAGGCGCCCCCAAAACGGAGUACGUCACGGGGACGGGGCCAUGCGGCGCCCCCCCAGCCACAUACCAUCAGCCACUGAUCGAACACCACCAGAACCACGUGCAACACCAUCAGCUGGUGGCCGCGUCCAACGGACAGUUGCGCGGUCAGUCCGGCGCCGCUUCGAUGGCUGUGGCCGCGGUUACGGCACUGCCAGUCCAGCCCGUCAACCCGCUGAGCACCGUCUACGCGACCAAGCGGCGACGGCGCAACGGCAAAAGUGUGAAGACGACGCCCAAAGACGGGGGCGUGGGAAAGAGUAACCCAAGCAAGCGCCAUCGCGAACGCUUGAACGCCGAGCUGGACACGCUGGCCAACCUGUUGCCGUUCGAACACAAUAUCCUAUCCAAGUUGGACCGGCUGUCCAUACUCCGGUUGUCUGUCAGCUACCUGCGUACCAAGAGCUAUUUUCAAGUUACUAUGCACAAGUCCAAAGAAGAACAAGCCAAUGUUACCAGUUCCCAGUACCAACGUUCCAGGACGUGUCCGGAGCCACAUCAUUUGUACUUGGACGGAGAUAUGUUCCUACAAGCAUUAAAUGGCUUUUUAGUAAUGCUCACCUGUGACGGAGAAGUUUUCUUUGCGACCCAUACAAUAGAAAAUUACCUUGGCUUCCAUCAGUCCGACAUCGUUCACCAGUCAGUCUACGAGUUAGUGCAUUCUGAAGAUCGAGAAGAAUUGCAGAGACAACUCAUGUGGAAUUCAGCCAUACCCACGGAACCGGGGUCGCCGUCUCCAUCCAUCACAUUACACGAGGCUUUGCACCCGGAUAACGGCCGUCUGUUGCAGCGUAGUUUCACCAUCCGUUUCCGGUGUCUGUUGGACAACACUUCCGGUUUUUUGAGACUGGACGUUCGCGGACGGAUCAAAGUAAUUCAUGGCCAAAACCGCAAGUCAGAUGAACCACCACCAUUAGGCCUAUUUGCACUAUGCACGCCGUUCGGCCCACCGUCUUUACUUGAAAUACCGCACAAGGAAGUCAUGUUCAAGAGCAAACAUAAGCUAGAUCUCAGCCUAGUGUCUAUGGACCAAAGAGGCAAGUUAUUAUUAGGUUAUUGUGAUUCCGAACUCGCUAAUAUGGGAGGAUACGACUUAGUCCAUUAUGACGAUUUAGCGUACGUGGCUAGUGCCCAUCAAGAACUAUUGAAGACUGGAGCAUCAGGAAUGAUAGCCUAUAGGGUGCAGACCAAACCCGGCACGUGGCAAUGGCUACAGACUAGUUCCAGAUUAGUUUACAAAAACUCAAAACCUGACUUUGUGAUAGGGACGCACAGGCCUUUAAUGGAAGAAGAAGGACGUGAUCUGUUAGGCAAGCGGACCAUGGACUUUAAAGUCAGUUACUUGGAUGCGGGCCUCACGAAUAGCUACUUCAGCGACUCGGAACAACUGUCCGGCUCGUUGUCGACAUCCACCAACGCCGCCGUCGCUGCUGCGUCCACCACCGGUACCCCCGGUACAACCGGAACGGCCGGUCAAACGCAACCGUCGCAGCCUAGACGCCGGUACAAAACGCACCUACGAGACUUUCUGUCAACGUGCCGGACAAAGCGGAAACUGUCGGCAAGCACCGCUACACCGGCACCGACAGUGGCGGCAACCGUCGCCAUCGAAUAUCCGGCGGCCGUCCAGGCGCCUUCGGUGCCCACCGUACCACCUACUGCCGACGUCCUUUACACAAACCUAAAUACGGCGGCGCUGUAUUCGGCAGGACCAUACAAUGGGGCAGUAGUCGCUGAUAAUGGUGGAUACCACCAGACAAAUUUCCAUCAGACCCUCUACGAUACUCGAAUACCGUAUCUAACGGCCACAGACAACCUGUUUCAAUACAGGCCUUUGGGAAACUAUUACACCGAAUAUCACACACCGGCAACUACACCAUACAUGGGCAAUGGAUUUUUAGACAUAAAUCCCAGGGGACCACCCGUGCAGUGUGGUCUGCCCACCUACGAUCAGCUGACCACGGUGACGACGACGGCUGUGGGUGGUAGGGAUUGCGUAGACAAGCUGUAUGGAUCAUCACCAGUGGUGUCCAUGGAUCAUCACCAACAACAACAGCAGCACCACCUACACCACCAACAACAACACCACCAGCAGCAGCAGCAGCAGCAGCAACAACAACAGCAACAACAGAGCACAGAAGACAACAUAGGAAAAUGUCAUAUGGAUACCUCCACGGUCGCUGCCGCUGGUCUACCGUACCUGGUACCAUUGUGCGACGUUCAGUUUCGCACAAAGAGCUCCUCUCCGCCGGUGCCGAAUGGUCUGAAAAUUGAAGACUCGAAAUCCGAAUACGGAAUGCAAUCGUCUGAUUCGGACGUCCCCAGGCAAACGGUACUCAUGUGGGGCACGUGUGUAGGGGACUCUUCGUCGUCGUCGCCGCCCAAUCAAUCGCCGGGCGGCGGCGGCGGCGGGGGCAACGGUGGUAAUAAUAGUAACGGAAGCGGCGGCGGCGGCGUUGGCGGCGGUGUUAAUGGCAGUGGCAGUGGAACGGGAGGAGGUGGUGCUGGUUGUGCCAACGGUGGUGCUGGUGGUGGUGCUAGCGUAACUGGAAAUGUAGGUAGUGGUAGUGCCGGUGGCGACGGUGGUGGUGAUCCCAGGACGUCACCGCAGAUCAACGGCCAUCCACCGUCGCCGUACGUGCAGCGGAAGAAAAUGUCACCACCCGCGCUGCAACAGCCACCAACUGGAAGUCCGUCUGAUCAGCUCUGCAAGUCACACCUACAAACGGACAUGCCAGGCACACCACCUAGCCCCACAACAGCGGCGGCCGCGGCAGCAGCCGCAUACGCUAACCAUCAUCACUACCAUCACCAAAACCAGUAUCAUCACCACCAUCAUCAUCAGCAGCAUCAUCUGACCGGGGGCCCUGAGGUAUGGACACCCCCGCACGCGCACCCACCACCACCUCCACCGCACCACUUCUAUGCUUAUCACCACCACCACAGCAACAGCAACAACAACAACAUCAACACCACCACCACCAUCAACUCCACCACCAACAGCAGCAGCAGCAGCAGCAGCAACAGCAGCAGCAGCAGCAGCAGCAUGGUCGAUGCCUAUCAUCACGAUCCGUACCACCACAACAAUUACUAUCAUCUGUACAAUCACACUGCUCAUCACCAAACCGCUGUAAUGCCAGCGCCGGCACAGUACCCGAGUCCGUCUCAGUCUCGGUUAAAUCACAGGACUGCAGUCCUCUGUUGUCCAUCUCGGAGGUGACCAACACGCUGUUAAACCAAUAAACGGCACGCCAAAAAAUAAAUUAACGGUCGGGAAAACCAAAUACGUCACCCGGGGGGGGGGGUGUCACCCAAAUACAGUCCAUUGAAUAUCGAAACACAUGAAGCAAUCGUAUACGGACACAAUGACUGCCAUAAGUCAUAAUAUAUUUAUAUAUAUAGGUAACUCUAAGUUCUCUAUAUUUAUAAGCUCCCAAAUAUUCGCUAAAUCUAGCUUUUCGAGGAACUCCUACACGUUUUAGCGUCACACGGAAAAUUUUUUUUAUAUCAGGUGGAUUUUUUAUAUGGUGACGAGUGAUAUCACCAGGAAAUAACGAUACGUGUACUUAUCGUGAUUUAUUAUUUACGACGGUUAAACGUGUUUCCGACGCAUUUCGUGGUACACUAUUAUAACACUGAUAUCAUCGUUUUGUCGCCUACAAUAUUAUAUGUUAUACUGAUUUUAUUUUAUAUUAUUAUAAAAUAUUUUAUUAUAAUGUAUAUUACCUACUAUAUAAUAUCAUUAUGAAAUCAAUUUCUAACUUUAUAUUUUUCUCCAGACUUUUACUCGUCUAUUUUAAUAUGUAAUUCAUUGCACAAAAACUGAUUUUUAUCAAAACAUGUUUUCGUAAACCACUCCCUUAUAUUAUAUUUAAAACUUAUAUGUUUGUCAUCGUAAAAUCUAUCUAUUUUAGUUUUAUGGUUUGUUUCUGUGAUACGAAUAGGCUACAAUAAUAUUAUAAUUUUUGUGAAAAUCUAUUCGCGCUGUGUUUCGUAGACGUACCUACCUAGUUUGUAUCUUUACAAUAAUAAUUAUUUUCGAUCGCUUCGACAUGUUUUUUCUUAUCGGACAAAGAUCAUAUGAUUAUAAAUAUUAUAAUAUAUACAUAUAUACAUGUAUACUGUAUACAUUACAUUGCUUGUAAAAAUAUUGUAUACAUAAU